AUGCUUAAAACUACCAUUUGCCGUGAUGCUUUGUCAGUUUUGAGACCUUAUGCCAUAUCGAAUAGGGCAUUUUUGCACCAGUCAUCAAUUAGGUUUAACAAGAAUACUGAAGCUGAACAAACUCCUGAAGAAUUAGUGAAAAAUUCUCAUUUGAAGCCGUCGAAUAAUUCCAAAAGUUUAGGCAAAUUUCCGGAUUCUCCAAAGAAUGAUUUAUUGAGUUCUUCUAAAUAUGAAGCCACUGAUUACCAAUUACCAAAAUGGAAGGAAGCGUUGGGUGAAGUAUUGAUCAAGUCAUUUCGUUUGGAUAUGGAUAGAAUUAGAGCAGGUGCUGUGGCAGGUUCAUAUUAUUAUUCUCUAUGUAGAAAUCAAGGUUUACAAUUCGAAAAUGAACCAUUAUCUGAAAGUGCAAAAUUCUUUUAUGAAGACUUGAAACUACCUCGUUCUUUCUCUCAAUGGUUCCAAAUUACCAUACUUCAUGAGUGGAUAUUGUUCACACGUAUGCGUGCAAUGCCGUUUAAAUACGGUAGGAAUUAUCAACAAAAAUUGGUUGACAGAACUUUCUCAGACAUAGAAAUGAGAUUAUUUGAAGAAUUAAAUGUUUCAUCAGGUAGAAUUGCAGAUCAGUACUUGAAGGACUUCAAUUCUCAACUUCGUGGUGCUGUUUUUGCUUACGAUGAAGGGUUCUACACAGAUGAUGCGACUUUAGCCACUGCGGUAUGGAGAAAUCUUUUCGGUGGUCGUUCAAAUGUUGAUUUUGUUCAUUUGGAAGCAGUAGUUAGAUACAUUCGUUCACAAGUGUACGUGUUGAGCAGGAUGUCUGAUAGAGAAUUUGCAACUGGUAAAUUUAAAUUUGUUCCACCUAAUGAAACAGUUGAAAUUUUGACACCUCAACAAGAAGAAGAAAUGAAAACGAAAGUAAUUGAGAAAUACGAAGCUUUAGACAAAGAUUCUGAUUUACUUCCAAGUGAAAGAAGUAAAUUAUCUUACAGAAAUUAA